ACAUUAGUACAAAAUCAAAUGCUGCUUUGGCAACAACAGAGACUACAACAACAGAAGCAACAAAAAAUAUCCUUGAUUUACCAGAGGCGGGUGAAACAAUGAAAGAAUUCAGUGAAAUCUAUGAAGUUCCUAAGCGUAUUCAACCUACACAUAAUAUUCCUGUAUGUAAUGUACAAAUGAGAGGCUAUAUUCCUCAGCAACUUGAUUUCUUUGCAGAUUUUGCACGCCGUGCAGCUUACCACAUGGGUAUGCCUUGUUCUGGAACUGUACCUUUACCUACACAAACUUCGCAUUGGACAGUAAUUCGAUCCCCUUUUAUUCAUAAAAAAUCACAAGAAAAUUUUGAAAGAAAGACACAUAAAAGAUUAAUUCAAAUUAAAGACAGUCAUCCAGAAGUAGUUGAUAGAUGGUUAAAAUAUCUUACAAUGAAUGCACCUUCUGGAAUUGGUUUACGUGCAACAAAAUUUGAGUUUGAAUCACUGGGAAAAAAGUAGUUUAUGCAUAAAAGAGUGACGACACGUGGUUCUAUUUAAAGUUUUUUUUUUUUUUUCUUGCU